GACAUCCAAACAGUAUGGCAUGUCAUGUCCCCAUGCGCCGCGGUCUUACCACCAGUAAUUACCACCAUAUCCAACUCUCAACACCACACUUUCUUUGACCUUUCUCUCUCUCUCUCUCUCUCUCUCUCUCUCUCUUUUUCAAAUCUCUUUCUAAAAGCAAUAAUAAUAUGCUCAAACUCAUUUGAUUUCACUCCAAAACACACACACUCGUGCUACUAUCUCCCUACUCCUUCUACCCCCACCCCACAACUUUCCAAAAAUUGGAUCUUUUUCUCAUCUUUCUCCCAAAUCUUGCUGCUUUUUGGGGGGUUUUGUACUGGGUACCCAAAUUAGGUCAAUUUUGAUUUCACAUACUAUUCGGAGCUUCGAUUCAAUGAUUAUACGGGUCCUGAUUGAAGCUGGUGUGCGAAAUUUGGGGGUUUUUAAGCUACUGUAGCUGUUCAGAAAUUAGGGUUUGUAAGAAAGAAGGAUGUUUUAUUCGCAGUUUAUUUUAGCAAAAAAGGGUCCUUUAGGGACUAUAUGGAUCGCUGCUCAUUUGGAGAGGAAGCUUCGCAAGAAUCAAGUUGCAGAUACUGAUAUUGGAGUCUCUGUAGACUCAAUCCUGUUUCCUGAGAUGCCUAUUGCACUGCGGUUGUCAAGUCAUCUUUUGCUUGGUGUGGUUAGAAUAUACUCAAAAAAGGUCAACUACCUUUUUGAUGAUUGCAGUGAGGCUUUGCUUAAAGUCAAACAAGCUUUUCGGUCUACCGCUGUUGACUUGCCACCUGAAGAAUCUACUGCUCCGUAUCACUCAAUUACCUUGCCCGAGACUUUCGAUCUAGACGAUUUUGAGCUGCCCGAGGAUGAUUUGCAGGGUAAUUAUGUUGAUCAACACAUCAGUUCAAAGGACCAGAUCACACUACAAGACACUAUGGAGGGUGUUGUUUACUCUACAUCUAAAUUUGGGCUUGAUGAGAGAUUUGGUGACGGUGAUGCGUCUGGUCUGGACCUUGACGAGGAACUAUUGGCUGAGAAGGCUGCAACUCCCGAACUUGCUGCUGGUGCAUCAAAUUCAGAUGGUGAUCCUCAAGCUAGUGGCAUUCCAAAUGAGGAUUUGGAUGACUAUGAUGGAGAUAACGAACCAGUUGACUAUGCGCAAGGUCCAUGUACUCCGGGACUAUGGGAAGAACCAAAUUUGGCCAACGUUCAAGAAACUUCCGCAUGUGAAGAUCAUCAGGAACAAGAAAAUCAUGCCAUAACCGAAUCUGCAGUGAAGGAGAAUUUAGAAAACGUUUUCCCACAUGAACAACAUCAAAAUCUGUUUGAGUCGCAUGAAAAAUCACAACCUCACGUUGCGGAAACAGAACAGAGUCAACAGACGUUGAUUCAUGAUCUUGGUUCAACACCUUUUACAGAAUUACUUUCAACUGGAAAUGUUGUUCCUGUAUCUAAUGAUCCUGCCAAAGUGGCGGGUUUACUAAACCAAAAUGUCAGCAACGGGCCCCCUGGAUUUCCGACCGCCAAUGAUAACCAUGACAACUUUGUAAAAUACCAAGGAAAUCAGGAGAAUACAUAUCAUCUUACCAAUCAAUUUGAAUCAAACAUCGAUAAAGACAAUCUUGUUGGUACUCCGCAACAUCAUACGUCUUCCGAACCGAACAAUGCCGCAACUCCGGUUUUGUUUCCCCAUGACAGCGUGCCAAAUUCUAACUUUCCGAGUCUUAGGCCGUGUGUCACUUUCCCGAACCAUGACACCAACGCUGAAGCAUUGAAUAAAAACUUUCCGGAAGUUCAUCAUGCUGAUAUUGAUCAGAAUCACCAAGUUCGGGUGGAUAAUGUAACUCAAAGGGAGGUGCAAGUAGAAAGCAUCAACAACUAUGCUAAUGACUUUUCUACCCCUGUAAAUCAAAGGGAGGUUCAAGUAGAAAACGUCAACAGCUAUGCUAAUGACUAUCCUGCCCCUGAGAAACGGCUCUCCUUACCACACUGGCUUUCGGAUGUGCCCAAAAACAUUGUACCGGAAGUUACACCGAUUGAAAAAGACAUAACAUCGGGAACAAAACGCAGUUUCGCUGAAAGCUCAAUGACCGAUCAGAGUUUAAAUUUAAAUGAAUCUUCGGGUUUAUUCAACACAAAUAUGACUUCUCAGAGUUUAAAUUUGAAUCAAUCGUCGGGUUUUUACAACACAAACACGACUGAGCAGAGUGUAAAUUUGAAUCAAUCGUCGGGUAUUUACAACACGAACACGACUCCUCAGAGUCUAAAUUUGAAUCAAUCUUCGGGGUUUUUCAACACAAAUACGACUCCUCAGAGUCUGAAUUUAAAUCAAUCUUCGAUGGUUUUCACUGCAAAUACGUCUGCUCAGAGUCAAAAUUUAAAUCAAUCUUCGGGGUUUUUCACCACAGAUACGACUGCUCAGAGUCAAAAUGUAAACCAAUCUUCAGGGUUCUUCACCACAAAUACGACUGCGCAGAGUCAAAAUUUAAAUCAAUCUUCGGGGUUUUUCACCACAAAUACGACUGCUCAGAGUCAAAGUUUAAACCAAUCGUCGGGGUUUUUCACCAGUAAUACAACUGGUCAGAGUUUAAACUUAAAUCAGUCUUCGGGUCCAUUCACCAUUAAUAUGAGUGGACAAUCUGUUGCGAAUGAUGAUGAUUUGCUGUCUUCAAUAUUAGUUGGAAGAAAAUCUUCAAUACUAAAAAUGAAGCCCAGUCCUCCCGUUGUGACACAAUCUACAAAACGUAGACGAUCUACCGCACCCAAAACCGGUGUGCCAAAACGAAAGGUGCUCAUGGAUGAUAACAUGGUUCUGCAUGGCGACACAAUACGUCAGCAACUGACGAACACCGAAGACAUUCGGCGAUUACGAAAGAAAGCUCCUUGCACUCGUUCCGAAAUUUCGAUGCUGGAGAAACAGUUCUGGGAAGAUGACAUUUUUAGUGAACCUAUAUUUACUGGGGUGUCGAUUAAAUUGGCUUCUUUGCACAGUCAGUUAUAUAAUCUAAGUAAAAUUGUUGUUUCUCGUAACAAUGCUUCGUUAGAAGGUGGAAAAGACCCGAAGUCAAUUUCUCAGAAUGAUGAAAAGGCGACACAACUGGAAGUUGGGUCAAAUGCUCCUAAAGAAAACCCUGUUACACCACCCGAAGUCAACCCUGUUACACAGCCGGUUGAGCUUCCUACGGUGACGGAUAACCACACACGCGAUAACAAUACAGUCAGUUUAGAUUAUUAUGGAAGUCAACCACCACAGAUGGGUGCAACUGAACACGUGGCAGAAGCAGAACCCCUCAAUUCCGAGCAUGAUCUUUUCGGGGAGAGAACCGCAAUGGAAAUUGAUCCGAAAAGCUUUCAGGAUGCUGAUAUUGGAGUUCCUGUUAUGCCUACCGAGGUUGAACCGCCUACACAUGUUGAUGUGGUCCCAAGUGAUACUUUUGACACGUCGGCAGCUAUGAACGAGGUUCAGGUGGAUUCUUCUUUACAAACUGAUGCUCCAGGUGGCAAUUCGACUGAGAAAAUGGAUUUACAGUCUGCUGACAUAGAUAUAAACAGCUUUAGAUCUCUUGAAAGUAACAUCGAUGUUGCUCCUGUUAAAGAAGUAUCAGAAGAGAAACAUGAUCAAGACGUUGAAUAUAGGAAAGAUGAGGAAGAGACUGUGAAUGAGGAUGCAGCGAUAGCUUCAAAUGUCGAGUCUAGUAUUCAGAAUUCGGUUUACAAUGGUAUAUUUGGUGAAGAAUUUGGAACAGUUGCAGCAUACGAUACUGAAGUUAAUCCAGUUUUGGAAAAUGUUACAUUGGACGAAAGAGAAAAUCCAGGUCAUCAUGUUACUUUCGAGACUACCGAGAUGAAUGCUGAAGAUAUUCCCGCUGAUAACAGGGUUGAUGAUGCUGAAAUAACUCACCCUGCAGUUGAAAACAAUACAGAUUUCCUGAAUUUUGACGAUCUUGAUGAUGACGAUGCGGACGCUGGUGGUGAUUACGCGCCUGAUGUGGACGCCCCACGGGUUAUCGACAACAGUGGAUGGUCUUCCCGUACAAAGGCCGUUGCAAAAUACCUCCAAAUUAUGUUCGACAAAGAAGGAGAGCGUGGAAGGAAUAUGCUUGCGGUAAACAAUCUGCUCGUCGGCAAAACACGCAAGGAAGCUUCAAGAAUGUUCUUCGAAACAUUGGUUCUGAAGACGAAGGAUUACAUCCACGUAGAGCAGGCAGAUCCAUACGAAAACAUAAAUAUUUUCCCACGCGCAAAGCUUUUGAAAUCAGACUUUUAGUAGAGAUAUAAUACUAAUUGAAGCUGGAUGAUUGUUCUUACUUAGAAAAUGAUAUCUGUUGUCUGUUUGUUUGUUGGUUUCUCAAGUAAAGUAGUUGGUUAUCUUGGUAGUUUUUGACCACGGACUUUUAGUAGAGAUAUACUAAUUAUGUACCACUUGUAACGGUUGUUAGAACCUAUGUAUUAUUAAUAAUUAUUUGUAUAUACAGUAUACAGUAUAUAGCCUUUACCGGCAUGCUAAUUUAUUAUUACUA